AUGGGACUUCAGAAGAAUAUUCAAAACUGCUUCCAGUCUAAGCCUUUGGAUCUGUUUAAACUUUCAAACGACAGUAGAACUCUUAAGAACGGCCGUACUGGGUCAGACCAAAGGUCCAUCUUGUCCAGUAGCCUGUCUGCCGACAGUGGCCAACACCAGAAACUUGAAGGGUCCAAGUGCAAGGGGCAGCUUCUGAUAUUUGGAGCAACCAACUGGGACCUGAUUGGCCGUAAAGAAGUGCCGAAACAGCAAGUGGCUUAUCGUAACCUGGGCCAGAACUUGUGGGGGCCUCACAGGUAUGGGUGUCUCUCAGGGAUUCAGGUACGGACUGUGAUUUCGGGACCAUGUGCAGCUCAUAGUCUGCUCAUCACCACAGAGGGGAAGCUCUGGAGCUGGGGUCGUAACGAGAAAGGGCAGCUGGGGCACGGGGACACCAAGCGCGUGGAGGCUCCGAAACUCAUCGAAGUUCUCAGCAAUGAAGUGAUUGCGUCAGCCGCUUGUGGCCGAAACCACACGCUCGCCCUGACAGAGACUGGCUCUGUAUUUGCAUUUGGAGAGAACAAGAUGGGACAGCUGGGUCUUGGCAAUCAGACGGAUGCAGUUCCAAGUCCUACUCAGAUCAUGUACAAUGGCCAGCCUAUUACCAAAAUGGCCUGUGGGGCAGAAUUCAGCAUGAUAAUGGACUGCAAAGGAAACCUCUAUUCCUUUGGGUGCCCUGAAUACGGGCAGCUGGGCCACAAUUCGGAUGGGAAGUUCAUUGCCCGUGCGCAGAGGAUAGAGUUUGACUGCGAGCUGGUGCCCCGGCGCGUUGCCAUCUUCAUCGAAAAGACGAAAGAUGGACAGAUCCUUCCGGUCCCUAACGUGGUGGUGCGAGACGUGGCCUGCGGCGCUAACCAUACGCUUGUCUUAGACUCCCAGAAGCGUGUGUUCUCUUGGGGCUUUGGUGGAUACGGCCGGCUGGGCCAUGCCGAGCAGAAGGAUGAGAUGGUGCCACGGCUGGUCAAGCUCUUUGACUUCCCGGGCCGCGGGGCAGCUCAGCUCUAUGCUGGUUACACCUGCUCCUUUGCUGUCAGCGAAACAGGUGGCCUAUUUUUCUGGGGAGCCACAAACACCUCCCGUGAGUCAACCAUGUACCCGAAAGCUGUGCAGGACCUCUGUGGCUGGAAAAUCCGCAGCUUGGCCUGUGGAAAGAGCAGUAUUAUAGUGGCGGCAGAUGAGAGCACAAUCAGCUGGGGCCCAUCUCCAACCUUCGGUGAACUGGGCUAUGGAGACCAUAAACCCAAGUCCUCUACUGCUGCCCAAGAGGUGAAAACCCUGGAUGGAAUUUAUACCGAGCAGGUGGCGAUGGGCUACGCCCAUUCUUUGGUGAUAGCCAGAGACGAAAGUGACGUGGAGAAAGAGAAACUAAAGAAGCUGCCGGAAUACAACCCACGCACCCUCUGAUGGGGCCAGGGCCCUGCGCCCCUACAAUGGCAGCUGUCCUUUCCAAUGUGCACUGGGACCGAAAAGCGUACGAAGAGAUUGCAGACCGGCAGCGAGACCUGACUGAAGCUUUUUGUUAGACUUCCCGAGGUUCAAUUUUAUAAGCGAUUUGCAGUUUUAACUACCUGUUACAGUCUGAUUUCCAAAGUGUUUGGUUCUUUUAAACGUUGGACAUUUACUCCUGGCUCACGCUCCCAUUCCAAUGACAAUGGCAGGACCUUUUGGCAUGUAAACCCCACGACCUCUGAGCAGGGGAGCAGCCGCUCCUGUGUAAGAAGGGUCACGUGGCGCUGGCUGCGUUGAAUUGAAGAGAAUCCCAGUUGGGGGGAGGGGAGGACAGAUUUGGAGAGGCACAAAGGGCACGGGAGCACCCCACUCCCAUCGGAAAGCAGACCUCUGCUAGCCCUGUGUGCCUUUGAAAAGCUACCCCUGCGUGUCUAGGGGCCCAUCUCUUUGAACAGAAGCAGAGAGCUGCUUAGAACUAGAGAGCAAUCUCCUAUUCCCUGGGAGGGGUGUUUGAUAGAAGUCCCAGGGAGAGAGUAUCUAGAUGUGUAACCCGUGGGUGGGUUAAGCUGCGGGACUCUGACUGCUGCCUAUUUCAUGGCUGCUUCAUAUAUGUUUGACCUUUCAGUGUGAUUUUUUUUCAAUUGUUUCGGUUUGGAUUAAACACCUCCAUCAAGACCCAGCUAGGCCAACAUGUUCCACAGGCCCCUGGUUUGGGGGUGCCCAGGUAUCCUAAAAUCUGACCCACUUCGGGGCUCAUUUUUCAGUGGCGCGGAGCGCUUGCCGUUCCAGUUGAAACCAGAAUCUGGAGGCUCCUCCUCUAGAAAAUCAAGCCCUAGGUAUGUCAAGUCGGGCAUCCAAACCCUGAGGUGUUGUUUGUAAACGAAGUUGAUUCUAAAGGAGGCCAAUUCCGGGAUAAUUGCGCUUGUGAGCGGUUUUCGCUGCCCGGCCCAGCGAAUGAUUUCGAGAGUCUGAAGCCUUCAGAGAGGGGCCUCAAUGAAAAUCGAGGAUCCAAACACUACUCAAUUUGUGAGGGAUGGGGGAGGUUUGGAUCAGAACUUUGCAGCCCAGGUCUCUCCCUUUGCUCGGCGAGGCAUGGGCUUAGAUUCCACGAAUCUUACUUGCAUGCUUGAUGCUUCUUAUGCGUAAGGCAUCCCACUGAAGUCAGUGCUGCUCUGAACUCAGAGCUGGGCACAUCUCUGGAGGAUCGGCGGGCGGGGGAGGUUAGAAUGAGUCAGAAAA